AUGGUAUUUCUCAAUGGGUUCAAAGUUAAAGCACUCUUCGAUAGCGGAAGCAGCGAAAGUUUCAUUCAUCCUAGCCUGGUUGAGACGGCUUCCCUCUUUGUUCACCCAUCCUCCGGGACAGUAUCCUUGGCUACUUCCGACAAUGUUACUAAAGUUGCUGGGUACUGUUUGACUAAUCUUACCUAUCAAGACCAUACAUAUGAAAACCUUCGUCUAAGAGUGUUGCCAGGAUUGUGCACAGACCUGAUAUUGGGUCUCGACUUCCAAUCAAAGCAUAAGAAUGUCAUCUUCAACUAUGGUGGACCCGAGCCACCUUUGGUUGUGUGCGGUUUCAGUACGUUGAACAUGGAGCCACCAGAACCCUUUGCAAACUUGACUCCUGAUUGCCACCCUAUUUCCACCAAAUCUCGACGGUACAGCCAAGAAGAUUUGUUGUUCAUCGACGGUGAAGUGGAAAGGCUUCUCAAGGAAGGCAUCAUCGAGCCAAGUAAGUCCCCUUGGCGAGCACAGAUGGUGGUUACGAAAGACAAGAACCACAAAAAGAGAAUGGCUAUAGACUAUUCGCAAACAAUCAACAAAUUUACGCUCCUGGACGCUUUUCCAUUACCACGAAUUGAUGAGUUAGUCAAUCAAAUUGCCCAGUAUAGAGUCUUCAGUACAGUUGAUCUACGCAGUGCAUACCAUCAAGUUGCCCUCAAAAAGGAUGACAAACCUUACACAGCAUUUGAAGCUCGGGGUUGUCUUUAUCAGUUUACACGUUUUCCUUUUGGAGUCACAAACGGUGUUGCCUGUUUUCAACGAGAAAUGGUACGAUUCGUACAGGAAGAGGAUCUUAAGGCAACAUUCCCAUAUCUUGAUAAUAUCACGAUCUGUGGGAAAGAUCAACAGGAUCAUGAUGUGAACUUGAAAUGUUUGCUGGACGCCGCAGAGCGCAAGAACAUUACCUACAACGAUGACAAAAGUGUGUUCUCGACCAAACGCCUCCCUAUUCUCGGGUAUGAAGUAGAAGAAGGGGAAAUUCGUCCCGAUCCAGAGCGUCUUCGACCUCUACGAGAACUUCCUAUCCCACAUGACUCAAAAUCCAUGAGCAGGUGCUUGGGAUUAUUUUCAUAUUAUGCGAGAUGGAUCCCAGCGUUUUCAGAUAAAGUAAAGCCUCUUUCCAGCUGCAAGACCUUCCCGCUAUCCCAGCAAGCUGCUGAUGCGUUCGAAAGCCUGA